GAACAAAGAAAAAUCAUUGACCACUUAUCCUGCAAAUCUAAAAAUCUUCUCUACUUAAUUCAAUGCAACAAAUGUAAAUGCCAGUACAUUUUAGAGACCAAACGCCAACUAAAUGAACGAUUUGGAGAACACUGUCGAUCCACCUUGAACCACCAACAACUCAGCGAUCCCACUCCUGUCUCCUUACAUUUUAAUCAAGCUGGACAUUCAAUAAACGACGUCACCCUAAUCCCACUUGAACUCAUACGCAGCAACCGUGACGCAGUGAGAAAGGCUCGGGAGGCUCAUCUAAUACACAAAGGGAACACAUCAUCUCCUCUAGGAAUAAGUAGACGUGACGAAGCUCACUGA